CUCACGACUUGCCGAUCAGUGUGGCAACGUGUUCACUAUAUCGGGCUAUAUUGAUUGAUUAUUAUCGAACAAUUACCAACACUAAUUACAAAGCAGCGAAAUUUAAUUACGAUGCGAAACCCUGGAUAUAUUAUUCAUUGUGGAUUCUCGGUGAUUGUGAAUAUCGCAGUGCAUCGUUUCACUAUCUAGUGCACAGUUUUCAUAGUUCGUCGCAAGUGACAUCUCUUUAAAUAAAUCUCAUUUAUAGCGUUUGCAUUCAGUGAAAAGUGUUCUGGUGUGAAUUCUUUGUUUAUCUAGUUCAACUUCGCGACUUUAUGAUUUCAUUUUUAUUUACCCUGAAUUACUAGACUGCAGAUGAGAUCAUCACCUCCUGCCGUUAAGAUGACGCCAUUUCUGAUGGCAAUUUUCUGUCUGGCUACCGCAGGCUGCUCGAACGUCACGGAUCAGCAAACAUCUGAAACACAUCACGAUCAACAGGUAGCGAUCUUGAAACAAAUCAGAAAAGUGAAUGAAGACGGUUCUUACACGUAUGGUUACGAAGCGGGUGACGGAUCCUUCAAGGUCGAGAGUCGUGACGUUCUAGGCAACAUCAAGGGUACGUUCGGUUUCGUCGACGCGGACGGCGAAAUAAAAAGGGUGUCGUACUCUUCUUCUAAUGGAACAGGAUUUAAAGCAACCACCGUGUCGCCAUUGCAGGAACACGUGUCCGUCGUACAGAGCAUUCCGCGUAUAAAUCGCACCACUACAACCAAGAAGCCAAGCGUCGUUUAUCCUUCGUCUACCGAGGCAUCCACAAAAUCAUCGGUGGUUCAGUCGAUACCGCGAAAUAGGAAAACAACGACGACUUCAACAACUACAACUACAACCACUACGGAACAACCGAAGACUAUAUUUGGCCAUUAUUUAAAAGGGACCGGAAAAAGUAGACCGCGUUUUGUGAUCAAUGGCCAACAAAGGCCAUUGGUAAUAGAAGAAGAAAUCACAGAGGACGAAGAUUCGCAGAUAAAUCGACCAAGUACGGAGGACAAGACUUCCACAUAUAGAAAAAUCAUUUUUGCUAAACGACCGGUCGAGCAGAAUCUUCGACCAAUCUCUGACGAUUUCGUAGAAAAGGAAGACGAUGGUAAAGUAGCUAGUGGAAAUAACUUAAGAAGACAGUUGCAAGAAGAGACUACGAAACCUAACCCGAUCGUAGAAGGCAGCAGCGACGACCAUUCUGACGUUUAUGGCGGAUCUUUGUCCACGACUCGACCUUUGUUCACCACAACCACGCCACCAAGGAUUCUGCAACGCGUUUCGCCUAAUCGAAUCGAAAGACCAAAAGUUUACGUUAAUCGGGAGAACCUUGCGCCAUCGAGGUUCGAAAACGUAAACGUAAAAUACGAUAAUACCAGAGUUUACGAAGCUGAGACGAAGGCGCCUCAAGAGGAACGUACUCAGCCUCAACCGGUUUUGAUUCGAGGUCCAACGCGAGUGCCUGAAAACCGCGAAUAUCUGCGACAAAGUACCGAACCUAUAUUUGUUAGACAACAGCCUGAACAGUUUCUACGUGAACUACCAGGAGGAAGAAUCCUAGUUCCUUCUCAACAGAAUAUCGAAGAAGACCCCGCUUACAGACCACUUUCUAUCAACAGAAUUUUAUUACGCCCUCUGCCGAGCCAACAGCCGCUUUACUCGACAACCACGGAUGCAAAUAUUCACUACCUGACGGAAAAUCCUCUUCCAGAGCAAGAGGAAGAGCCGAGAGUCGCUAUGGCGCCAGGAUACAUGCGUCCAAGACCUUUUCCACGGCCUGUAAUCUUUCAAGAACCUGAACCAAGACCCAGGCCCGUUUUGAGACCCGUUGCGCCAGCGAUCACUCACGCAAUGGAUGAAAGAGAGUACCAAACGACUCCUGAAUAUUCGUACAGAGGCAGUACCAUCGCUUUACCUCCAGAACCUCCAAAUCCAAUUAAUACACCUUUAAGCAGACGCGACUUCCAAUUACUGUUAAGAAGAUUGCUCGUCAGUCAGUACGGUGUCCAAGCUCUUUCUUAUCCGAAAAGCUACCUAGAAGACGCCUUGUACGAUCAACAGCCGUAUCCUUCUUAUCAGCCAGGCUAUCAAUCUACUGCGCCACGACCGGAUAUCGGUUACGAUCAGCAAAUUCCUCUUCAAUAUGGAGAUCGUGUGCCUGUAAGACGGCCUGUGUAUACCAGAGCUUUGAAUCCUGUUUAUCAACCUCAACAGUACGAGGAUUACAGCGAUGGAAGAUACACAAAGAGGGUCUAUAGGCAAAAGUUCUACACGCAAGAAGUGGCUGAUGACGGAGAGGAAAUAUUGCCUGCUCCUAUCAGAGAAGCUUUGUUGUUAAGGAUGUUGCAGCUGGCAAUUAACGCCGAAAGACCUCCCAUGGUUUCUUCUCCGGUUAUGACGACCACGACACCAGCUUCGAGGUACAGAAAGACUGGACCAGUUAGGAGUGUACAGAUCAUCACUGACGAAGAUGAGGAAGAGAAAGAGGCGAUGAAGAAGAAAAUGUAACGACCCGUUCCGAUUCAAUAGGAGAAGCGUGACAAGUUGCAAGGUUACCACUUCCUCGCCAAUUAAUCUUCCUUUCUCGAAUGAACAGUCAAUAAUUUUGAAGCAAGAGUGGUUACAGUCUUAAUUACAAUAGCUGCGAUAGAACUGGGUGGGAGAUCAUCGUUUUCUUUAAUGAAGAGCUCUGUACAAAAGAGCGUGAGAAUAAAGGAAAAACAACGUCGAUAGGCACAAUACUGGCGACACAGUUUUCACGGAACAAACUGGAAUCGUCAGCGAAACGAAUCGACUUCUCGGAAAGGGAAAUGUCCCACGUGUGUUCGUCCAAUGAUUUUCCGCACGACAACUUUCAACUAUCUCGCAACGCUCAUUUCCUUUCGAGUCGGAUCGUCGCUACUUUUAAGUCGCCUCGACACUAAUGCAAUUAGACGAACGUAUAUAUGGUCAGCCCGAUACACUCGACGAUUACGUUGAUCUUGCAUAUACUUGCAUUAUACUCACUACAUUUCACCCUGUGUGUCACGUUGAAUUAUAGCAUAGACCUUCCAAAGACGAACAGGUAGCAUUACCAGCAGAGCACUGAGCAGGAAGUAUUCUAAUUUAGCUCAAUGGUGAUUGCGUACGUUCGAUAUCACUGUGAGUGUGAAUUUAUUGGAUAUAAAUUACAAGCUUUUGGGAGUUUGUUAGUAACGCUAACAAAUUUAUAUUCGAUAUCGUGUAUGAUAUUUAGGAAGCUUUCCCUUUUAUUUAGACAAGGAAAAUAUUCUAGCUUUUGAUUUAUCUCCUGGAAGUUCGUUGCUUUACCUUUUUUCAAGUUAUCAUUUUUGAUUAUCGUCUACAAUGCUCUUCUUUAAUUUCAUUAAAAAAUUGUAUUGUAGUUUCGAAGUCUACGGAUAAGCGAGGGGUACGCGAAUAAACAAAUGUAAAUAACAAUACUAGUUCCAUGUUUGCUCGAAAGUGUACUAAUUGAAGAAAAUCAUGGUGGAUGUGAAAUUCAUGGUGCAUGUUUUUUCCUUAAAAAUUUAACUUAUCAAUUAUUCAGUGACCAAUAACGCUUCAAAAUAUAUAAAUUCAAUAAAUUGUAAUACUUGUACAUAAUACUAUAUGAACUAGAAUAGUACUUAUGAAACAUAAAAUGAUCUAUUAAGAUACAAUAACAUUAAAUUAUUAUAUUUUAAUUACUAUUUUUCAAUAUUGACAAAUCAAAAUAAUGAACCUCCUCCUCAAUAUUAGAAUUCAUUUUAACAAUAUUGACUAUAAUAUUGAACGUACAGGAAUCACCAAACAGUAUCAUCCUUUAGCCUUCGUACUGUAAAUAUAAUGUUAUACAAAGCUAGUGUAAUAUACGUAUCGAAAUAAAACGAAUUAGAUGGUAGAUGGAAUGGUGUGAGAAUUCAUUUCACAAGCCUCUGAGAGCAGCGCGCCAGGAAAGAAUAAUAACGUGUCUACCUGUUGGUAAUUAGCAUCACGGAUUGCGACACUUUGCUGUCGGAUACGAGAACUAGUAUUUGUUAGACGGUCGCAUUGCUGGUACGAUGGCCACACGACGGGGGUGUACAUCAUGGGAUUUUACACAUAGUUUCCACGUACUCUGUACUCUCUUGCUUCUUACCAAAUCUCCUGAUGGAGACAUGUUACAGCUCCGGGAAAGUUUCAGUGUAUGGAAAAAAUUCCUCUCUAGAAGUUGAUGAAAUGAUCUCCGUUUAGGGUAAGAGUGACAGCAAAAGUUCAAUCUUCUAAAAGGAAUAUCGUGUGGUAAAUUGUGACAUUAUAUGAAAAUUGGAAAGGGGUUCUUUAAUUUUAUAUAACGAUGAUUUUUAUUCCAAAUAUUUGUAAACAGGUGAAUCUUUUAAAACGAGUGAAAUCGUCUUUUUAUCGCAAUUAUCUGCAGAAAAACAGCGGUAUUUAAAAAGCGGUUAGAAAUUAAAUAAAAUACUUAAUAAAAUUAUUAAUAUUCUUACAAUGCAUACUAAAAAUCAAAUUCAUAAUAAGCAACAUUUUUAAUACUUUGGUAGAGAAAUACGUUGAUGAAUUGUAUCGUUUCUGAGAUGAAUACUAGAUAUGAAAUUAGAUAUCGAGAUGAACUAAUAAUUAGAUUUAAAAGAUGAAGGAUUUUGUAAUUACCAUAAAAUUACUAAAACUGAACAUUUCAUGAGUCUUUCCCUUACUCUUCAAACAUGCCUUCUCUUUAACAACACUUUCUCGUUUAAGACAAAAAUGUAAUUUCCAGUUAUAGCCAUACAUAUAAUUUCAUUUACUAUGUUUAAAAGUGUUAUUGACGUUUCAAUUCAAUUUCUACAACUACUACUUUUAAUACUUUUAUUAAAACAAUAAUAACACAUUACGAUUAGAAGCAACUUUCGACUUAUUAACAAACAUUACUUUGGCAUUGAAAAGCACGAACACAUAUGCGCCAAAGACUUUCUUCGUUGCAGAGAUAUUCUUAACAAACGUACUCAUGCAUGAACUCGGAAAAGUUUCACUUCAUCACUCUCGAACGUUCGCGAGCAUUCGGCAAAUAUCGUAAAAUUGUUACAGCUAUGAUUACAAUAACGGGCCAUUUAUUCAGAAAUAGAACGGAAACGGAUAGUUUAGCAGUGUGUAAUAGAGGAAAGAAUUUUUUUCAUGCGGCUGCAGGCAACCUUUCGAUUUUUCUGCGGCGUGGCAACCGGAUGCACACGUGAAAGGUUGUCGUUAAGAGACAGAAAUAUUCGCCAACUGAACGGUGUUCCUAUGCUUUGUAAGCUGCAACUUCCGGUAUCCUGUGAACAGUGCCAAUAGCGCGUGUACGGUUUAACACAGAUCACGUAGGAACAGCUCGUU